CGGCCACAAAGAGCAGCAUGGGUGCUCUAGCUCGCCGCCGCCACCUCCGCCACGCCGUCGGGGCGCUCCUCGCCGCCGCGUUCCUGCUCUCUGCCGCCGUCCCGGGCGCCAGGGCGCAGGAAGAAACAGAGGACGAGCGCGAGUUCAGCUACGUCCCGGGCGCGGCGAACGGCCCGGAUCGCUGGGGCGAGAUCAAGCCGUCGUGGGCCAACUGCAGCCACGGCCGGAUGCAGUCCCCCAUCGACCUCUCCCACGACCGCGCCACGCUGGUGCGCUCCCUCGGCUGCCUCGACUACUCCUACCGCCCCGCCGAGGCCACCAUGGUCAACCGCGGCCACGACAUCACGGUGAGGUUCAGCGGCGACGCCGGGAGGCUGGUGAUCAACGGCACGGCGUACCGCCUGCGGCAGCUGCACUGGCACACGCCCAGCGAGCACACCGUCGACGGCCGCAGGUACGACAUGGAGCUGCACCUGGUGCACGAGAGCGCCGAGAACAAGGCCGCCGUGAUCGGCAUGUUCUACGAGGUCGGCGCCGCCCCCGACCCAUUCCUGAAGAAGCUGGAGCCCGCCAUCAAGCGCGUCAGGGACACGCGGGACCGGGAGGAGCCCAUCGGGUUGGUCGACCCCAGCGGGGCGCGCGCCACCGGCAGCGUGUACUACCGCUACAUGGGCUCCCUCACCACGCCGCCCUGCACCGAGGGGGUCGUCUGGACCGUCUUCCACAAGGUUCGCCCCGUGGACGGGUACCAGGUGGAGCUUCUCAGGGAUGCGGUGGAUGAUGGCAAUAGGAAGAACGCGAGGCCGCUUCAGGCCGUGAACAACAGAGACAUCAGCAUCUUCCGUCCGAAUCCCUAUGCACGGGGUAAACAGUACUACUAGAUGGUGAUGUAUGAGCUGAUCAACAGGGAUACGUAGUGUGGUAGCUUAUUAUGCAUGGCAGAUGACGACACGUGUUGUGGUUCUCUCCUACUUAUCUGCCUUAGUUAUGUGACUAAAUAAAACACUGGGUCAUGUAUGUUCUCAUUGGUAUUGAGCUUGCAUGCAUGCUCUGAAGAAAUAAUUUACGUGCCCACCAUGUUGGCGUGGAGAUUGAUUUGAUUAA